GGGAAAUUGUCAAAUUGAGCGAAAAAGGUUGUACGGAGCGGAUCAGCCACCGCCGCCGCCGCAACUCCGCCUUCUCCUCCUCUUCUUCAUCCACCAUCUCCAAGCGACGUCGACCAGCUCAUGUAAAAUAUCCCGUCCGACACCGCGAGAAAGAAACGUACGAGUUAUCUCUUUUCUUUUCCCUUUCUCUUUCUCUCUUUCUGUCCGUGUUUUCGUCUCUCUCUUUCUUGUUGGCUCCGAUUGUUACAGUCAGGUCUCAGGUCACGUCGGGUUACGUUGCCUUUCGUUCUCUUCGUCUCAUCACUCCUUCACUCAACACUCCGGUUCUGCAGCUCCAUCUGUGUAGAUUUUCGUUCUAGAGACAUGGGUGAUCCAAAAGAAGCGGAGAAUGUUAAUGCUGAAAAUGCGGCUGUGGUUGCCGCUGAUGGAGAACUCAAUCCCAAUCUAGAAAAUGCUGCACAAGAUCAUCAGCAAUUUGAUCCCCAACUCCCUAGUGAAAAUAAAGGGGCAGAGUUGUCUGCAUUGGAUUCUGGUGGUGUUCCUAUGGAUGUGGAGACCCUCAAUUGUACAAAUGAUAACCCUCAGCUUGCCCCUGGCAUUAUUGAACUUGCUCCUGUUGCUGAUAAUCCCGACAAGGGCGACAAUCCACAUUGCUCGGGGGACAUAAUGGCUAGUGCUGCUGCUGCUCCUGAGCCCCUCUCUGCUGAUAAAGAGUCCUCUAUUGGCUUUGCUGCUUGUGCGGAGCCCCCUGCCCAUAAAUCAUCGGACGAUGCUAAGCAGGAAGCAAAUAAUGAAGAUGCAAGUUUCAAAUCCAGGCGUCCUGAUGAUAGCAGUGCUGAUGAUGGCACAAUUGUUCCGAAUGGCCAGAAGCAAUUUUCUACCACCAAACAUGAGGAAGAUACGGUUUCUCCUGUGGCUGAUAACCAGUCUGCUGAGAGCAAAGACGAUCACGGGGGAGAGAGAGUCUCCGUAUUGAAAGACGAACUGGCCAAGGUUGACUUGCCGGUUCACUCUGUAAAUAAGAAGGAACUUGCCAAAUCCAAGUUGGAUGAAGAAGAGUCUGGAGGUGCGCUGAGAACCCCUGGCAGAAAUUUCCUUUUGGAACCUUCAUCGGAUGAGGGAUACGAGUCGGGAACAGAGGAGGAACAAUUGGAGUUCAUGAAGGAGGUUGAAACUUUUUAUAGAGAUAAUCACUUGGAGUUCAAGGCCCCAAAGUUUUAUAAAGAAGAACUAAAUCUGCUUAAGUUAUGGAGAGCUGUCGUCAAACUGGGAGGCUAUGAACAGGUGACAUCAUGCAAGUUAUGGCGGCAAGUUGGCGAAUCAUUUAGACCUCCAAAGACGUGCACAACAGUCUCGUGGACAUUCAGAAUUUUUUAUGAGAAGGCAUUGUUUGAAUACGAGAAGCAUAAAAUGCGUAAUGGUGAGCUUCCUUUUUCUGAUGGUAUAUCAAUCGAGGCUACAAGGCCAGAAAACCAGUCCAGUGGAAGCUUGGGUCUCGUACCUGGUCGAGCGCCACGAAGAGAUGCUGCUGCUCGUGCAAUGCAGGGUUGGCAUUCUCAACGCCUGCUUGGUAAUGGUGAGGUUUCUCAACCAGUCAUUAAGGAUAAGAAUUUGAGCUCCAUCCCCAAGGUUGAGAAGCCAUUGAAGACAAAUGGUUUACUUAAGAGGAAGAAGCUGUCAAGUGCUGAACGCGCCAUUAAUGUUUCUCCCUUGAAAACAACAAGGACACAAGCGGAUAGUGUGGUAAUCGAUGUGGGACCCCCUGCUGACUGGGUGAAGGUCAAUGUACAGAGAACUAAUGAUUGCUAUGAGGUAUAUGCUUUAGUUCCCGGACUUCUACGCGAGGAGGUUCAUGUUCAGUCUGAUGCAGCUGGGCGCUUGGUUAUAUCUGGUCAACCAGAACAACUUGAAAAUCCCUGGGGUGUCACUCCAUUUAAAAAGGUGGUUAGCCUCCCUUCAAGGAUCGAUCCUCAUCAGACAUCUGCAGUAGUGACCUUGCACGGUCAGUUAUUUGUGCGGGUUCCGUUCGAGCAGUCAGAUGGUUAAGCUGUGGAUAUGCUCCGACUCGAGACUAGAAGGUCCUUUAAAUUGCUUAGGAAUGACUUGAGGAAACAUUAAUGUAGCAUCUCCCCCCCCCCCCAUAGACAUGAUUUGGUAGUGCCAGGUCAUUUUCAUUACCCGUAGUCAACUGGGAAGAGCUAACCAUGCUUUUCUUGACAUUGUAUUGUAGUAGUAACUUUAUUAUCGCCAUGCAUGAAUACUACUUGUAACUUAAAAGAUAAUGGCAAUUAGUUGACAUAUAUGCUAAAUAAUACGUUUGAUCAUUGUGUUUAUCAUGCUGUUUCAUGAUUGUCACAAG